AUGGGAUCGAUGUCUUGGUUCGGCCGACAAGGAGGGGAAGCGGAGCGUAAACCUGGUGGGGGCUUACAGGCUUGCUUCUUGACUCUGAGUCUUGUCCAACCAGACUCCCCUGUCUUGUCUGAGCCUGCACCUCAUCUCGAGUUGAGUCCCGCUGAAGAUGCAACGGUGAUCAGGGAAACCCGGCCUGACAAUGACACGAAAGUGGUUCCUGUUUGCCCUCGAUGCCACAUAUUACGACUCGCGUUGUUUACUGGGACACAUUGCCUAACAGGGCAGGACCCUGGAUAUCCCGAGCUUCACGGAUAUGUGUGUAUCAAAACCUCCAGAUGUGAUGCGACAAUUAAUUCCCCUUUGACUUUGUGGCUACCUGUCUCAUCAACCUCCGGCACUUGCGCAAGAUGCGAGUGUAACACGUCAAGCCCUAAUCCCAAUAUAGCUUGCUGCAGUUGA